CGUCUGAUUUCAGAAACAUUAAUGGACACCAAGUGGGCCACAACUGAGCUAGCCUGGACCGCUCACCCUGAAACUGGGUGGGAGGAGGUGAGUGGCUACGAUGACGCCAUGAACCCCAUCCGGACGUACCAGGUGUGCAACGUGCGCGAGGCCAACCAGAACAACUGGCUGCGCAGUGACUUCGUCCCACGUAAAGACGUCCUCCGAGUCUACGUGGAGAUGAAGUUUACCGUGCGUGACUGUAACAGCAUUCCCAACAUCCCCGGCUCCUGCAAGGAGACCUUCAACCUCUUCUACUACGAGUCCGACUCAGACUCGGCCACGGAGACAAGUCCAUUCUGGAUGGAGAACCCCUACGUGAAGGUGGACACCAUCGCGCCCGAUGAGAGUUUCUCCAUGUUGGAGACGGGAAGGGUGAACACGAAAGUACGGAGCUUCGGACCUCUUUCCAAGACUGGGUUUUACCUGGCCUUCCAGGACCUGGGGGCUUGUAUGUCGUUGAUUUCCGUCCGGGUGUUCUAUAAGAAGUGUUCGACCACCAUCGCGAACUUCGCCGUUUUCCCCGAGACGGCCACGGGGGCAGAGGCCACGUCACUGGUCAUCGCGCCCGGAACAUGUGUUCCCAACGCUCUUGAGGUGUCCGUGCCUCUCAAGCUGUACUGCAAUGGGGACGGCGAAUGGAUGGUUCCUGUGGGAUCAUGCACCUGCGCGUCCGGGUUCGAGCCCGCAAUGAAGGACACCCAGUGUCAGGCUUGCAGCCCGGGCACGUUCAAAUCCAAGCAGGGCGAGGGUUUCUGCACACCUUGCCCACCCAACAGCCGUACCAGCUCUGGCGCAGCCAACGUAUGCUCCUGCAGAAACGGCUUCUAUCGCUCAGACACAGACUCACCAGACAACGCCUGCACCACCGUCCCCUCGGCUCCGCGCAGCGUCAUCUCCAACGUCAAUGAGACCUACCUGGUCCUGGAGUGGAGCGAGCCUCGUGACUCGGGCGGCCGCGACGACAUCUUCUACAACGUCAUCUGCAAGAAGUGCCUGCCCGAGCGCGGCAUGUGCUCGCGCUGCGACGACAAUGUAGACAUCUCGCCGCGCCACCUGGGUCUGACGCAGCGGCGUGUGGCGGUCCGAAACCUGCAGGCCCACACCCAGUACAGCUUUGAGAUCCAGGCAGUCAACGGCGUGUCCAAUAAGAACCCGUACACGCCGCAGUUCUCCGCCGUCAAUAUCACCACCAACCAAGCCGCUCCAUCUGCAGUACCUACAGUUCACCUGAUGGGGGCCACAGCAAGCACCAUGAGUCUCUCCUGGCUGCCCCCUGAAAAACCCAACGGAAUCAUUCUGGAUUAUGAGAUUAAGUACCAUGAGAAGGACCAGGGAGAAGCCAUUGCCCACACCAUGACCGCUCAAAGGAGUUCUGCCCGCAUCGAGGGGCUGAAGGCCGGCACGCCAUACGUGGUCCAGGUCCGGGCCCGCACGGUGGCCGGGUACGGUCGCUACAGCAGCCCCGCCGACUUCAGCACCAACCUGCAAAGAAUUGAGUGUAUUAGCUAA